UAAAAACGAAACCGGAAGUGCUCAUAUAUCUAUCAGUUCUAGGGUUCUGAUCAUUCCCUUCAAUCCCCAAUUCCCCGACACAAACCCUAGAAAAAUCCAAAUGCAUCCAAAAUCGCACCAAAUCAUGGUCCAAUCACUGGACCUUCGAAUUCGCUCUCAAUCCAUAACCAAUCAUGAAACCCUUUCCGAUCUCAAACGCUCUCUCUUUCCCCAAUUCCAAUCAUCGUACUACUUCACCCUCAAUGGCAAGCCUCUCUCCGAUCACACCCCUCUCCCCCAAAUCCCCCCUCUCUCCACCCUCACCCUCCGUCACCGACUCCUUGGCGGGGGCGGAGACGGCGGCGCAACCGGCGCCGAGUCCCGCGACUGUUACCUUAACAUGUACGCUGACAAGAAACCCGACAAGGUGGACCCCAACGAACAGAGACUCUCCAAGUGGCUGAAUUGCGCUCUCUCGAACGAACCCUUGAGGGAACCAUGCGUGAUUGACAAGCUUGGAAACAUUUUCAACAAGGAAUCGUUGGUGGAAGCGUUGUUGGGGAAGAGGCUUCCGAAGGAGUUUGGGCACAUUAAGGGUUUGAAAGACAUGAUCAAUAUUCACCUUUCUUCGAUUCCCGGUGUGGAUGAUGGGGCAAAGUUUCAGUGUCCCGUUGCUGGGCUUGAAUUCAAUGGAAAGUAUAAAUUUUUGGCUCUUAGGAAUUGUGGGCAUGUUUUGAGUGCCAAGGCUUUGAAGGAGGUUAAGUCCUCUUCUUGUUUGGUUUGUCAUAAGGAAUAUGAUGAGGUUGAUAAGGUUGUCAUCAAUGGGAGUGAAGAAGAGGUUAAGGUUUUGAGGGAGAGGAUGGAGGAGGAGAAGGCGAAGACUAAGGAGAAGAAGAGUAAGAGGGUUAAGGGUGAUGAUGGUGUGAGUUUGGAAGGGUACUCAAGCUUGAGUGGUAACAAGCAUGGUGUUGAUGUUAAGGCUUUGGCUAAGGUGGAAGGGAAUCGGAAGGUUGCUAAUGGCAAUGUUGGUUUGAAUGGUGUUGUUUCUGCAAAGCGUUUCAAGGCUAUUGAUGUGGCUCCGGCAAAUGCUACCAAGGAUGUGUAUGCAUCCAUUUUCACUUCGUCCAAGAAGUCUGAAUUUAAAGAAACAUAUUCUUGUAGAUCGCUGCCACUUGGUAGAAACUGAUUGUGGUGUUGUCUAGUUUACUAGUGUCUACUGUUUUAUUGUUGUUGAAUGGACUGAAUUUUACUGGCUGUAGAAAAGAUUGACUUUUCCUGUGAUGUCUUAACUUGUUUCAUUACCAACUUAUCAUUAUGGUUAAUUUGUUGUAAAGGGUUUUUGUAAAUAUCUAUAUAUUUGGCCUCUUCUUCAAGAUGUUUCUCCUGAUGGAGACACAAUGUCCUUGGGGCAUAGUUUAGGCCAAAAUAAUAUUGUUUGCAGCAAGAGAAUUGAUGCUCCUUUUGUUGGCCAACUGAAUGGGGUUAAUCCAUCAAUUACACAGUCCAUUGAAGAUGAGAAACUCUAUUCAAUGAAGUCAAAUGAUGCCUCCGAUUUGCAGCAAAUGAAGUCCCAAGAAGGACUCAUUCAGAAUAGUUUUGGAUCCUUGGAUGACAUAAUGAGUGAAAUUGUCAAACUGGAUCAAAUGCGAUGAUGUUGAUUGAUGCAUAAAUGGAAUUUGAUGCUUACCCUGUUGGAUCAUGCUUUUGAUUCCUUCAGAUUCAACAAGAAUGCAGGAGCAUCAAAAUCGUUUGAGCUACUCUCCUGUUGUGGAGUCGUUUCAUCGUGUAAUUUCGCAUUGAUGUAAUUUCCUGUUUCAGUGAUGGACAUAGUAGUGCUAACUAAUCUAAUUUGUUCCUUCUCUUUUUCAUGCUUGUAAAGUAACUGCAUCAAAUUCCUCCCCUUUUUAAUGAUAUUUUAAGAUAAAAUAAGCAAUAAAUGAGUUAACUUCUUAGU